GAGCGUUCCCUGCGAAUCAGCAUUGAGCUCCGUUUCUACCUGCGGCGUCCUGUACUGUCAAAUUGGAGUUUCGAGUGUGUCGUGAAACAGUGAAAGUUCAGAGCGAAAGCGAAACGACGGGAGUGGCCCUUUACUCAGCACAAUUGGCGGCACCCGAUAGAAAUGAAUUGAUUCCCCCCCCGGAUAGCUCUGUUGCGGAGUGCUGAAACCAUUCGUCUUUGGAAUUCCUCGUUCUAUUGCAUAUUCGCAACUUCUAGACAUGGAAGACGACCUGCCGACCGAGUACGAUGUCAUCGUCGUCGGGACAGGGAUGACGGAAUCCAUUGUCGCAGCUGCUGCGAGUAGAAUUGGUAAAAAGGUCCUUCACCUAGACAGUAAUGAAUAUUAUGGUGGCCUGUGGGCCACGUUUAACUUUGAUGGUCUGCAAAAAUGGAUAGAGGACUUAAAACUUUCGAAAAAUGCCACCAAGGAUGUAUCAGGGAUUGAGUUACAGUCAGAUGAAAAGUUCUUGAAAGCUAGUGAUCAAUAUUCCACUGUGGAGAAUAUCGAGGAGACUUGGUAUAUUUCAAAUGAAGCUGAUUUACCUUUGCUCUCCUCGAAAGAUACUCAAACUGAUUGUAGUGGUGAAGGUAGUGGUAGUGGAGAUGAAAAAACAGAUGAGGAUAAAGUUGACAAGAAAGAAAAUGUUAAGCAUUGGAGUAUAGAUCGCAUAAGAAAGGAAUACCGGAAAUUCAAUAUUGAUUUGGCCCCAAAGUUGCUGUUCGCGCGAGGUGAACUCGUCGAGCUAUUGAUCUCCAGUAAUAUCUCUCGCUAUGCCGAGUUCCGAUCGGUCUCCAGAGUGGCGACAUUCAUGGAUGGAAGGUUGACACAAGUACCUUGCUCGAGAACUGAUGUGUUUGCGAACAAAACUGUUAGUCUUGUCGAAAAGAGAAUGCUUAUGAAACUGCUCACGUCGUGCAUGGUACAAGGAGCUGAUAGUCCGGAGUUUGAUGGAUUCCAGGAGAAAACAUUCUUAGAGUAUCUAGAAACAAAAAGCUUGACACCAAUUGUCCAGCAUUAUAUAGUUCAAGCAAUUGCAAUGGCUACCGAGAAAACAUCUUGCAGGGACGGCGUUAAUCGCACAAAACAUUUUCUUAACAGUCUUGGACGCUACGGUAACACACCCUUCCUCUGGCCUAUGUAUGGUAGCGGCGAACUGCCUCAGUGCUUCUGCAGAUUGUGUGCAGUUUUUGGAGGAGUGUAUUGUUUGAAGAGACAGCUUGAUGGUGUAGUAAUAGAUAACGAGAAAUGUAAAGCUAUCAUUAGUGGCAAACAGAGAUUGACUUUAGAGCAUUUAGUCGUCGGUCAAGGUCACCUGCCACCGGAAAUUGUUGCCUCUGAAGGGGAGCAAAGAAUAUCACGUGGAGUAUUUAUUACGGACAGAUCAAUAAUGCAGGGUGAAAAGGAGAAUUUGACACUUUUAUAUUAUCCUCCAGAGGAACCUGGUCAAGAACCUGUUACGCUAAUUGAAUUGGGACCAUCGACAAACGCUUGCCCUCAAGGACUAUUUAUGGUUCAUAUGACAUGCAAGCGAACGGCGAACGCAAAAGAAGAUUUGGCCUAUGUCGUCAAUAAAUUUUUAAGAGCGGAGACCUUCGAUCCACUGGCUAAUCGUGCAUCCAUUCAUAGCCAUACACAAACCGUAUCUCCAGACAAGAGACACCUCCAGGAAGGUGAACAGGAAAACGACAAAGAGGAGUCUGCGGAGAACAUAAAGCCUCAAGUUCUUUGGUCGCUGUACUUAAAUCUACCUGCAAGUGAUAUUAAAUUAAAUGAUUCCGCGCCGAGCAACUUACACCUCUGUUCUGGCCCAGAUUUAGAACUCGACUUUGACUUUGCUGUUAAUCAGGCAAUGAGCAUUUUCAAAGCGAUGUAUCCCGAUGAAGAGUUCCUUCCGCGAGCUCCAGAUCCAGAGGAGAUCGUACUGGACGACGAGGAGGAGCCUGGACCGAAAUUCGAGGGAGAUAUAGAGGCUGAAGAGAAGCAAGAUGUCGAGAAGGCUGAGAAGGAGGAAUAAAUGGUGUUUAUUUCGUCUUUUCAUCUUGAAAACACGGGCCAGCUCCCUUAGCCGCACACCUCUUUCUAUCCAAAGUUGUACGCGCCUUCUUACGUUUGAAAGUUGGCCAAAUUUUUAUCCGAACGAUCGACGAACGAAUUUUUACCACCUAUCGUGUCCGUAAAUAGUGCUAGACGCCAUCACGAGCUAACCGAAACAAUUAAUCUAAUUGAAUCAUUUUAUCAUCCACUCGGGGACUUAAAAUAUUAGUUUGUCUAGCACUCUUUGUAGACUCUUUUCUUUGAAAAAAAUGUUCUGAACACUGAGAGAAAAAUUGCUCGUCGAUUUUCGAAUGAAAUGAUCAGUCAGCUGGCGCUCAAGUCUGCGUUAAACACUCGCUCUUAUCAGAUUACAGUUUGGCCGACCGAAAGCAUUUAUUUUUCUUCCUUUUUUUCUAUCAACGAAAACGUUUUUAAUUUCCGCUAUUCCGUUUCGAGGAAACAAAGUGUAGUUUUACGACACAAAGAGAGACGUGGGAGGAUUCAUCAGUCAUUUAAAAAAAAUAAUCAUUCGAAUGUAACAAAAGUCAGUUUUGAAAUUUUAUGAUUCAUACUUGUAACCGGUUUCUAGUUUAAUCAAGAUACUUAAGGCCUAGCCGGCACCGAUUAUAUUUAUGAAUGAUAAAAUAAUGAGGGGACACGAUUGUUAUUAACUUCAUUGUCUUGAUUGCAGUUAAUUGUUAGCGCACAUGUAAAAAAAAAACGAGAAUAUCGUUCCACGUUCCUCCACUAUAUAAUACAAGUAAAUAUUGUAAUGUCUUUUAUCCGAUCGUUAAUACAUAUUAUACAUCAUUAGUGUAUUUAUUACGUACUGUAUUACAUAGCAUAGUUUAAUCAUUAUACAUUGUUAGUAUAGGGACAAUUCUAGGCUGCGAAAAAUCAAUCGUUCCUCGACUAUUUAUAUGCAUUUCCUCAACUUAAUUAAUUAAUAACACUUCGUUCGUUUAAUUUUUUAAUGACGUCAUUUAAUCUUCGUUGCACACGACUUUGUGUAAUUCCGGUUUUUAUUUUAUAUAUUAUUGUUGUUACUUUUUUACGCUUCGAUUCUGAUAUAGUUCGCUUCUCUCUUUCUAAUCUAUCUGUCUAUUUAUCUAUCUCUCUAUCUAUCUAUCAAUCUCCCUCUAGAUAAAAUAUUGACUAUUUAUUAAGUUUUCCGUUGCAUUUUUCGUAUCUUUUUUGAAAUGUUGUCACCUUUUUUCGAAUAAAAAAGAGAAAAACAUUCCUUCAGACGAUUACUAUGGUUUGACUAUAAGUUUCAUGUGAUUGAGAAGAAAGAAAAAAUGCUGUCGGUUGGUUUCGCUCGUAUAGUAUGAAAAUUUUUAGACACAUUGACCGUAGAGCGGCUUGAAUGUCAGAAUCGAUAAUCUUUUUCUCGCCGUUGCUGCUUCGAUGUGCGCGCAUUUAUUUACAUUUAUCUGAUAAUACGCCGUACUCAGCAUUGAAAUACAGUAAACUGAUACGAACCGAAA